AUGGACGGCGGCGAAGCAAAGGAACAAGCUGUAAUGAUGAUGAACGAUGGCAGCGAUGACGAAAUGGGGUACUCCCAGAUGUCCACACAGGCACGCGCCGCGAAAGAAGAAGAGGAGGCAGCCCUGGACAACAUCGCGGCCCGCGAGAGCCGGUGGGUUACACGGCUGCGGAUCGUGGUGUUGGCGGUGUUGGUCGCCUCGGCCAUCGCCGUGGUGGUCACCGUGUACCUGUUCUUGACCGAUAAUGAAGAGGCCGAGUUCGAGCGCAAGUUCGACAGCGAUUCGCGCAAGGUGGCGGAAGCGGUGGGACGGACGCUGGAUCAGACCAUGGGAUCGUCCGAUGCCUUUGUGGUGGAUAUGAUCUAUUACGCGCGCAACUCCAACAGUUCCUGGCCGUUCGUGACCAUGCCUGGCUUUGCCCUCAAAGCGGGUAAGUUGCGCAAGAUCGCCAAGGCCUUCUUUCUCGUGGUUCGACCCUUUGUGCAAGGGGACGACAGGCAAGAGUGGGAAAACUAUACAGCCGCGAACACCGAAUGGAUGAUCGAGGAAAGCCGAGAAAUCCAAAAGAACGAUCAGGACGUGAAUCCGGGGAUCAGUGCCGUCAACGUCACCGUUGGGCCCAUCAACAUUGGAAAAGAACGAGGCGUGGCACCCGGUCUUUGGCCCAAUAGGACCAACUACACCGUGGGCUGGCAGCAGUACCCUAUUGUCACCGGUUCGCACUUCAAUGGUGAUCUUUGGGGACUCCCCUUCAUUGCCAAAGCGUGUGAGGAUGCCAUCACUCACCAGAGGGCCACGGUCGUCCCUGCACAAACUCGCGUACCGUUCACCCAGCGAUUCAUGGCCGUCAACUCUACGGAGGACCCCAGUGAGCCAUUCAGCUCGAUGGAAUUCCCAAUCUACGAUUCCACAGACUCCAUCACCCUCGAUCUCACCAAGACGCAGCCACUCGUUGGCGUGUUCCACUUUGCCUUCUUUUGGAGGGAUUACAUUCGCAACAUCCUACCCGAAGGAUCCAAUGGCAUCCUCGUGGUCUUUUCCACUCCCUGUUCCGAACCCUUCACCUACCAACUCGACGGGCCCGCCACAACCUAUCUGGGACAGGGAGACCUUCACGAUCCAAGGUACGAUCACAUGGCCAAGUCCUACACUCUCUUUGAAACGAUGGAGAUCACCAAACAGUCCAAUGCCGGAAGCUCUUACACCGGCAUUCCUUUGUCGCAAACCUAUUGUCCUCCCUCUAUUUCCAUUUACCCCUCCCAAGCCAUGCAAGACCAUCACGUUACCAACGAUCCUGUCUACUACACCAUGGUGGCGGUCUACAUCUUUUUCUUCACUUCCCUCCUCUUUAUUCUGUACGAUUGUGUCGUAAGGCGACGCCAGCGAAUUGUCAAGGAACAGGCCGUGGCGGCCGGUGCCAUUGUCAACAAUCUCUUUCCCAAAAAGGUCUUGACCCAAAUGUACCAGGAACAAAAGGAGGAAAAACAGAGGGAAAACAAUCUGAGGUCGUUUUUGAAGAACGCUGCCGAAAAACAAGGAACCGGGCAAUCCGUAACUGCCGCCAGCGAUGCCACCAACGACGCCGCGCCUUCCAAACCCAUGGCGGAUCUCUUCCACAACACGACGAUUUUCUUUGCCGACUUGGCGGGGUUCACGGCCUGGAGCGCCAAGCGAACGCCGGUAGAGGUUUUCGAACUACUGGAAGCCCUGUACGGGGCAUUUGACAAGGUGGCAAUUCGCCGCAAGGUAUUCAAAGUCGAGACGAUCGGAGACUGUUACGUGGCCGUGACAGGGAUCCCCGAACCCCAAAAACUCCACGCCACCAUCAUGGUCCGCUUCGCGAGGGAUGUCAUGUCCGUCAUGAACGCCAAAACCCGCGAGCUGGCGGAUCGACUGGGACCCGAUACGACCGAGUUAGCAAUGAGGGUCGGCCUCCAUUCGGGAAGUACAACCGCGGGAGUCUUGCGGGGAGACAAGGGACGAUUUCAGCUGUUUGGGGAUACCGUCAAUACCGCUUCCAGAAUGGAAAGCAACGGCGUCCGAGGCAGGAUCCAUGUUUCCCAGGCCACCGCCGAUGCCAUCACUCUGGCCGGCAAAGCGAGUUGGUUGACGCCCAGAGAAGACAAGAUCCUGGCCAAGGGCAAGGGACUCAUGCAAACCUACUUCGCGCAGAUCAUCGCGGGCUCGAACGUCCAAUCGAGCGUCAGCGAUGACAAUACGUCGAUCCCGAGCCUUGGGUUCGAUCCUGAGGAUUCCAGCAGAGACGAUUACUCAGUAUAA